GAAAUUUUGAGUUCUGGUUUAAGUAGAUAGCAAUGCACAUUUAGGCCUGGUAAGAGACAAGAGAUCUCUAAGUCGUGAUAGCCCUGGUCACCAUACUGUUAAACAUUAAUCUUUCAGAACAAGAUUGACUUCGCCAACAAUACCGGCGUCAUCCAGGCAACCGUUAUUAGUUGAGCCUAGCCUGGAGGUUGUUUUCAGUGAAAGCUGCUCGGUGACUCCCCCGGGGGAAGAGACAUGUUGGCGGCGGUGUUUUCUGUGGUCCUGGCCGUGUCGUGCGUGUAUGCACAAGAUGAACGUUUGCCGAUUAUCUUUACCCCAACUUUCGGCACUCUCAUGGGAGGGGACGAGCUAGUAUUCACAGCGCCAAAUAUCACGUCUAGCGGAGGACAAGUGUAUUGCAGGUUCGGUGAUGUUGACCAGGUGACUGUGGCAGGUGUGGUCGCACCUGACGGACUCACCAGGUGUGUGACACCUGUCCUGUAUGAGAUCGGCCGGGUGCCCCUCCAGGUGUCUGUUGACGGCGGUUCCACCUACGGUUAUGGCGCCAACUUCACCGCAGUGCUUGGUUUGUCAGGUGUCAAUCUAGUGAAUAUCAACUCCAACUGGCAGCGGCCCAUCAAGUCGGCCACCUCCCCGCUGGACCUGCCGGCUUGGCGGGAACUCAUCCGGGAACCGCUGACUAUGACGUGGGACCGGGACAGUCUGGACUCGGCAUCGGUCGAUGUAGAGCUGUGGGGGUACAAGGAGGAAGGGAACAUGGCGUCGUGGGACUUUAUGUACACCGUCGCCAGCCAGGUCCGGAACACCGGCAGCUACACGUUCACUCCGGAGUCCAGACCGGACAGCGAGUACCAUAUAGGCUCCAUAAGGGUCUCUGCGUACACCGGACAGGAGGGACAGGCGAACGUUCGUGCUCUAUGGAGCAGUGUCCACGCCUUGGCCUGGCAGUUGGAAGAGCUGUUCUACCGGGACCCUGUCUCCUGGUCCGCCCAGCGCUGCCAGGCCUGGCGGGAGGCGGAAAAGGAGCUGCCGAACUUCGUUCCCGACAUGCCCCCCUGUCCAUGUACCUUAAAACAGGCACUAGUGGACACCGGACGUUUUCAGGCGGAUCCUGGCUGUUCGUUGAUGGCUGGUAGCACUUGUACUUACCACCCUGGCGCUGUGCACUGUGUACGGUCCGUUGCUGCAAGCCCUGACGGUGCGGGACAGCAGUGCUGUUACGCCGCGGACGGGAGGGAGUUGUUCACCGGUGACACGGCCGGCGGUAGCACCCCAGACAGAGGACACGUGUUCGGAGCACCACCUUACAGGGUUCCGCCUAGAGUACCGUCCUUCUCUCAUUGGCUACACGAUGUGGUGACGUUUUACUACUGCUGCCUGUGGUCCGAUAACUGUGACGUGUACUUCGAGCUGCGCCCAACUGACGACUGCAGCAGAUACGUCCCGCCUAAGGCUGGCGCCAUGUUUGGAGAUCCUCACGUCAUCACGCUGGACGGGAAGAGCUACACGUUCAACGGUAAGGGCGAGUACACACUACUGCAGGCUGAUGACGUCAGGCUACGGAUCCAGGCCAGGACGGCACAAGUGUCGAACGCGCAAGGCAACCCUGUACAGGCCACUGCCUGCACUUCUCUCGUAAUGCGCGAGGGGGAGUCCGACACAGUAGAGGUCCGGCUGCCGAGUGCCCGAGAUGUGGAUGCUCCUCAGGUCCUGGUGAACGGCGAAGUGGUGAGCGGGACUCUAGUGUUGUCAGGUGUCUUUGUUAUAUCUAAUUCUCCGUCCAACGUGACCGUGCACUUCCAGUCCGGUGUCGGGGUGGAGGCCCGGAGUGAGGGCGGCUUCCUGACCGCACUAGUGCUCGUCCCACCGAACCUCAAGGACAAGACGCAAGGCCUUUUGGGAACGUGGAACGACAAUCCUGACGACGACUUCACAACGCCCUCUGGCGACACAGUUUCGAGUACUGCAGACCCGAUGACUGUUUAUAACGACUUUGGAGCAUCGUGGGCGAUCACAAGCGAGACGUCUCUCUUCGUCUACACCAUCCAGGAAGAAGUCAUGUACGCCGAAAAACAUGACCCCAGCUUCACACCAAUAGUGAACCCACCACCCUUGCCUGCAGAGUCCGCCGAGGGGCGCAAGAUGGCGCAAAUAUGCGGAGAUAACGACCAGUGCGUGUUUGAUUUUACCGUCACAAGGAGCGAAGCCCUGGCAGCUAGCACUCGCUGGGCGUAUGACUGGUAUCAGGCCGUCAGUAAAGAUACAAGGAAAGUGGCGAGUUGCCCGUACGUCCCUACACCCGAGCAUGGCUCCAAAGUUGGGGGCCCGAGCUAUGUGGAGAACGGCACGGUAACCACCGCGUGUAACCAGGGUUACGUGUCUCACCCCACACGCACCGUCACGUGCAAGGCGGACGGAACCUGGGACGGUGUACCUGGCACUUGUGUCGCUUCCAGCGCUAGCACGGCUGCAGUUGCGGGAGGUGUGAUAGGCGGCGUUGCUGUGCUGUGUGUUGUGAUAGGACUGCUUGUUUGGAGGAUGCGGGACGACAAAGAGUCAAAACGAUCAAAAGACUACAAAACCGAUGACAAGAAGGAAUCUACCCCGGAAACAUAGCAGGCAGCUGAAGGGUGUGCAGCCGGAGUCUACAUCUGAUCGGGCAGAAAUUCGUUUGCAUAAAAGUCUUCAUGUGACUGUUAGGGGAUCAGUAUGAACGCUGUUAACCUUUAGCACACAGAAGAAGCCGUCUGCCUACAAAUUAACAUUAAUUUCAGGGUUUGUAUUUUAUCUUUUGUAUCACUGCCGUACUUUUUGUAUGUGCGUCUGCCGUCACCAGGUAGCUGAGUCGGCCUGCGCUGACCCGAGUAAUGACAUGUUUUAUUGCCAACUAAUCCAAAUGCCAGGGGUAGGCAAUACGGAGCAAUGUCGAGGCAACGCUCGUGAUUGUAUGUAUGAAAUAGGGGAUUUAUUUCCAAUUCUUUUGUAGUGUGGUAGUAGAGAACGCGUUGUUAGUCAUGGGAAAAUUCAUGUUGUGUUUCUGAUUACAGUGUAAAAUUGACUCCAGGGACAGGCUAAUAUUCAUUACCCUGACCACGCUGAGAGCGUUGACUGCAAAGUGAAAAGUAGAAAAAUUGCGCUAUGCAC